GUGAGCACGAUGUCAGUGCCCAACAAAGAACGUCUGUCAUUAUCGAUUAUCAAGAUGAGAAAAUAGUCUGCGUUCGAGCGCGAUUCAAUCGGUGUCGUGUCGUGUGCUCGUCCAAGCUGCGAAGAUGGGCACCCAAGCCUUGAGCACGUUGGCCGAGGAGUAUUUCUGCAGUAUUAAUUCGUUGACCAAAAGAAUUGGCGAGGACAUCGCAGCUACCAAAGAUGCCUACGAGGGCUUGUGGAACACGCUCAGCCACGAGGAAAAAAAUCAAGCCGUGGACGAGACGAUCAUACAGCCCGAGGUUGCGCUCAAGUAUGCGUCCAAAAAUAUCAAUUCAUCCAAAGAUAAUGAUUGCCCGGAGUACUAUCCAAAGUUGAGAAUACAAACUGGCAUGAAGUACGUGAUCGACGACUCCGGUUCUACAAUGAGGUGGAAAGAUGAACACUCUGCUCCAUUUUCAUUCAUGACCCAGUCGCAAAUGAAUCUUGAUUGUCUGGACCCAUCCAACAACGAUAACAUCAAAAAUAUCACGAGCUUCAUCUCUGAUACACCUUUGUUCACCACUUCUUAUGGCAUUAGAAAUGACGAUUCCAUUGAAGAAAAUUACAGUUCACCAUCGAGUCAAACCAGUUUUUAUCAAUCUGAAAAUUAUUCUGACACAAUAUUUUCUACCGAGGAAUGUAGCAGUACGGUGAGAAGUAGUUGUAUUGAUAGUGAAAAUUCAGAGAGUCUACUAUCUAAACUGAUAACAAAGACAUCUAGAUUAAAAAUGCACAACAGUUCUGAUGACGAUAUGGAAACUCUUGUAUCUCAAAAAAGUUUGAAAACUAAUACAAAAAAUAAUGUGACUAUGAGCUUUGGUAACCAUCUAAGAUCUAACGAUUCUGAAUCAACUGCUUUAUUAGACACACCUAGUUCAUAUAGCAGUUACCAGUCUUCAAUGUUGAACCAAGAAAAUGAAAUUCCAAAAACAGGAUUUGAGUUUUUGGAUAACUGGUAAUUUUUCCAAUGAUCAACUCAAAUUCCAAAAAAACUUUAUUUUAUAUCUAGUUUUAUAGAUACUUGUAUCGUUUAGUCCUUUUUAGGAUAAAUAAUAACCAAACAUUAGGUUUAAUGAUUUUAUUGGAAACAUUUUAAAAUGUUUUUCAUUCAUGUAUUCUAAUCAAUAAUCAGUAUUAGAAUAUUUAAUUGAAUGAUUUUAAUUGAACGAUGCAUAUCAUAAAUUUAAUCAAUUUAUGAUA